GCCAGGCGUCACACCAGUUUAUAAUAAGGACCCAAAAAAAAAAAAAGUUGUCGAGCGAAAGGAGGAGAGAAAAACACGGAGCCCUCCCCGCCGCGCAGAGCCUCGGUGACAGGAGGACGGCGACGGACGGAGCAGCGCGGAGCGGACCGGAGGAGUCUUCACCGCGAUUCUGAGGAAAAGGAACCGGACCGGGAUCGGGAGCGGAGCGGACGCUGGCAGCAUGCGGCUCGGUCUGCUGUUCAGGCUCUUUGUGCUGUGGAGCUUCGUGGAGGCCGCGACCUCGAUGACGAAGACCAGGAGGAAGGUGUCGGGUCGGAGGUCCCGCCAGGUGUUGGAGGCGGAGCCAACAGAGGGGGUGUGGUCAGUGUGGGGGGAGUGGUCAGAAUGCUCCCAGACCUGCGGCGUGGGCGUGUCCCAGCGGAGCCGGAGGUGUCUACCUCCCCCGCCGCCCCAGACCCCGCCCCUCUCUCACGCCCCGCCCAGCUGGGCGGGCUACCUGCCGGGUGGCGCCAGAGCUCCCGUCGUCUCACCUGUGAACCCCUACUACCCCCACCGUUACCCGGGGCAACACCGGCCCUACCACGCCUCGCCCCUCCCCUCCAACCGGAACCCGGGGCUGCCGCUGUAUCGGAACACACCUGCUGGGGAGGCGGGGCCUCCCGUUCCAGGACAGGCCAACCGGCCGCCUCCUUUUUACCAGCCGGAGUUCUCUCCGGCCAAUCAGGAGGUGGUGCCCGUUUACCAGCCGACCUAUCACGCGCCUUCGCUCGGCUACAACCAACAAGCUCGCAUCAUCAGGAGGCCGACCAAUCCUGGAGCAGCCAGGGGGGGAGGAGGCGGGACCAGGCGCUCGGUCGUCACCAAUCGGGAGGCUUUGAAUUCAAGGAGGUCGUCCUCCAUCCGUCCAGGCCAGUUCGGCUACGGCAGAGUUCCCUUCUCUCUGCCGCUGCAUCGGCCCAACCGGCAGGCCCGGCACACCGCCAACAGCACCGAUGACCCACUUAACGAGGACUCUACUGGACCCGGCAGGACCGAGGAGGAGGAGGAGGAGGAGGAGGCGGAGGAGGAGGUGGAGGAGCAGCAGGGGAGGGCAGCUGAUGAGGAGGAGCAGCAGGAGGCCACCGAGGCAGCCGGGGAACUGGAGGCUCCCACGCUGAGCUCCACCACCGGCAGCCCUCAGCGCCGCCCGGACCGGCCGCCACACAGCGAGCAGAACCGGGCCAGAGAACAACGAGUCCCCCCGUCUCACCCCUUCUCCCGCUCCUCCCCCACUGUGGGCCACCGGCACCGGUUCGACUGGCGCUCCGUCACCGCUCCUCCUCCCCCCGUCCCUCCCCUGUCUCGGCCCGCCUCACCCUUCUCGCCUCCCCUCCACCGGCCCGGGCCUGGACCCAGACCCAGUCCCAGGGAGCUCCACCUGGCCGGCAGUGUCUUCCCCCUGCAGCAUCCUCACCUGUCGCACCUGGGAGCGGAGCCCGGCAGGGAGGGGGGCGGAGCCUCGCAGGUCUACAGGUGUUCAGGACCCGAGAAGGAGCAUCGCAGGUGUUUCUCACAGGUGUGUGCAGGAGGCUCGCUGGACUCCAGAGCAGAGCAGUGCGCCGCCUUCAACAGCCAGGAGUUCAUGGGCCGCCUCUACAACUGGGAGCCGUUCACUGAGGUCGGAGCAGACAAGCAGUGCGAGUUGACCUGCAGGCCCGCCGGGUAUCGGUUCUACGUCCGGCAGGCGGAGCGAGUCCGAGACGGGACGACCUGCUUCAACGUCAGCACCAACGACGUCUGCGUGGACGGCCGGUGUCUGACCGAAGGCUGCGACGGCGUCCUGGGCUCCGGCUCGCUGGUCGACAGGUGCGGCGUCUGCGGCGGUCGGGAGACGUCGUGCCGGAAGGUGACGGGGAGCUUCCAGAACGCCACGGUGCCUCUGGGCUACCACAAGAUCCUGGACAUCCCCCCCGGAGCCACCUUCAUCAACAUCACGGAGAGGCGGGCGAGCCCCAACUACCUCGCCAUGCGGAGCGGCACCGGGGCCUCGGUGGUGAACGGGCGCUGGGCCGUGGACCCUCCAGGAGAGUACCAGGCCGGGGGCACCACCUUCACCUACACCCGACCCAGAGCUCAGGCGGAAGGGGAGGAGGAGAGGGGCGAGUCCCUGAAGGCGCCGGGGCCCACCAGCGCCCAGCUGCAGCUUUAUAUAAUUUUCCACAAGGAGAACCCCGGCAUCGACUAUGAGUUCUACGUCCCGGUGGAGAAGAAGGAGGAGAGGCUGACGGAGAUGGAGGUGCCCAGAGAGCCAGCAAGGGAACGACCGAGGGACCGAGAGCCGGCAAGGGCAUCGCUUCGCAGUCCUCUGACUGUGUCCAUGGAGGAGGCUGCUCCUGUUGCUCCUCCAGCUUUAGCUCCUUCUUUCCCCUCCUCCUCCUCCUCCUCCUCCUCCUCGGACCGGUGGACACCUGACAGGUCUCGUCCUCGAGGAUCAGCGCCCAAUAGGAACGCUCGGAUCCCUCCUCGCACCGACCUGCCGCCCGACACCCAGCCGCCGUUCGUGUGGAGGAGAGGAGGCCUCAGCGAGUGCUCCGCCUCCUGCGGCAAAGGUUCUCAGGUCCGAGUGCUUCUGUGCAUCGACCGACACACAGACGAAGAAGUUCCAGAGAGGAAGUGUGACUCUGCAGCCAGACCGGCUCCAGAGGAGGAGUCCUGCAACAACCAGCCCUGUCCUCCGUUCUGGGAGGUCAGCUCCUGGUCCGAAUGCAGCGUGUCCUGCGGCGCCGGCGUGCAGCAGCGGCAGCUCCAGUGCAGGCAGAGCUUUGGGAACCGGUCCACCAUGGUCCACCCUCAGCGCUGCGCCGCCCUCAGCGCCCCAGAGUCCACGCAGGCCUGCCAGCUCCGGCUCUGCUCGCACUGGGAGGUCGGCUCGGACUGGAGCUCGUGCUCGGUGGACUGCGGCGUGGGCAGGAGGACGAGGAGCGUCCGCUGCAUCAGCGACCAGGGCAGCGUGGUCAACGACCAGGAGUGCAACUCCAGGCUCCGCCCACAGGGAGACGAGGAGUGCAACAUGGGACCCUGUGUGACCAACUGGUACUUCACCGGCUGGUCCAACACCUGUUCGGCCCAGUGCGGUCCGGGGGUGCAGAAGAGGGAGGUGGUGUGUCUGACCAGAGGAGGCGUCCGGGAGGGCGGAGGAGGAGGCGACUGUGUCGGGGACAAGCCGGCAGAGAUGAAGGCCUGCAACGGAGGCCCCUGUGUGCCCACCACGCUGUGGUACAGCAGCGCCUGGACUCAGUGUAACGUCCCGUGUGGUGAAGGAACUCAGCGACGAGACAUCAUCUGUGUCCAGAAGCUGGGGAACGAUUUCACGGUCGUACCGGCCGCUGAGUGCGCUCACCUGGACAAACCUGCCGCGGUGCAGGAGUGUGAGAUGGGGGAGUGUCGGCCGCAGUGGUUCACCACCGAGUGGAGCGCGUGCUCACGCUCGUGUGGUCAAGGUCUGCAGAUGAGGGAGGUUCGGUGUCUGACCGCGGAGAAGAAGCACAGCCCCGAGUGUGACCCCGACACCAAACCGGAGCAGGACCAGACCUGCAACACCAUCCCCUGCAGCCCACAGGUGGCAGAUGAGAACUGCCGGGACAGACGUCACAACUGUGUGAUGGUGGUCCAGGCCCGGCUCUGCGUCUACUCCUACUACAAGGCCGCCUGCUGCGCCUCCUGCACCCAGAGCGCCCAGCGGGCCAAGAGGCACUGACCGGGAGCACCGGGCAGCCCAGGAUGGGUCCAGGAGGGCUGAGGAGGGCGUAGGAAUGGACCGCCCAGAGUAGACACGCGAUGGCGUCCACUUUACAUUUAGCUAUUUCCUCCUGAUCCUUCAGGUACCACACUGUGAAAGCAGAACUCUGAACACAUCCACUCAUCAGACCGGUUCUGCUGCAGGAGCUUUGAGGGAACUUCUGAUCAUGUUCUGACUGCAGGAACCGACCCAGUCAGCCCGAUUCUGACACAAGAAGUCACGUGUUUGCAGAACGCCUUUUCUGCAUUCAGUGUUUUAUUGCUCGCUGUGUAUUGAAGGACCUCAAACACUGUAAAGAACCCGGUACAGGCGGCUGGUGGCCGUGACACCAGCCCGCCCUGGACUGUUUCACGUUUUCCCUGCAGAGGCGAGAAAAAAGUUCAGACUCCAGGACUGGUAGAGAUGCAAGUAUCUGGAGGAAGGUAGCUGCUCAGUUCAGUCCCCACCAGAACCCUGAACCCUGAACCCAGAACCCUGAACGCUGGAUGUCUGGAUGUCUGGAUGACAACCUGCCGUCUUCAUCUUAUUUUAAAGCCGUAAACUGACACCCGAAAGCAAGAAAAACAGAAACGUCACGUGAAGUGUCCCAGAACUGCGCUGGUACCUACUUCCAGGAUCACGUUGUUCCUGUAGAACCUCUUUCAGGCUCGUCAGACGUAUACACACCUGUAGACAGGUACCGGCCCGCGUCAGUCCCACCUGAACUCUGAAUCCUUGAUGUAUUUAUGACAAAUUACCAUCUCGUUGGUAUUUAAAUAUAUAUU